AUGGCAAGCAGCAGUCUCUCUUUGAAUGCCCCACAAACUUUCACUGGUAAAAACUAUCAGAUUUGGUCAGUGAAAAUGAAAUCAUAUCUUGAAGCCUAUGAUUUAUGGGAAGUUGUAAUGGAAGAUAGACCAUUAGAACCACUCCCUGCAAAUCCUACUCUUUCUCAAAUUAAAAACCAUUCAGAAGAGAAAACCAAAAAAUACAAAGCCAAAACUGUAAUUCAAAAUUCAGUUGCAGAUUCAAUUUUUUCUAAAAUCAUUGAAUGUGAGACCACAAAAGAAGCUUGGGAAAAACUUAAAAAGGAGUACCAAGGAAGUGAUCGAGUUAGACAAAUGCAGAUUUUAAAUUUGAAAAGGGAUUUUGAAUCUCUUAGGAUGCAAGAAGACGAGACUAUCACUAGGUAUUCUGAUCGGAUUUCUUCUAUUGUUAAUAGAAUCAGGUUGCUUGGCAAGGAUUUUAAAGAUGACAGAAUAGUUGAAAAAAUUCUUGUGACGGUUCCAGAGAUAUUUGAAUCCAAACUUUCCUCUCUAGAAGAGUCUAAAGAUCUCUCAACCAUCUCUGUUGCAGAAUUAAUAAGUGCUCUUCAAGCACAAGAACAAAGAAGAGCAUUUAGACAAGAAAUGGUUAGUGAAGGUGCUUUUUAUGCACAAAACAAAAAAGAAAAGAUCAAAUAUCCUCUUUGCAAAUACUGCAAAAAGAAAACACACCUAGAAAAAUUUUGUUGGUUGAGACAUGAUGCAAUAUGUGGUAUUUGCAAACAAACAGGCCAUGUUACAAAAGUGUGUAAGUUCAAAGAUACUCAACAGAAUCCUCAAGCACAAACAGCAGAAGCAGUAAUUGAGGAGGAGCAAUUGUUUUAG